GAUUAAUUGGUAGAUCAUGAUAUGGUGUGAGAAAGCGGCAUGGACUUCUCUUUACUUAGGAGAAUCGAUGAUAACCAACUCUCUACAUAAAUCCAGCACGUAGAUUCAGGCAUUACAUACACACUAUCCUGACUAAUUUAUUCCAUGGCCUCUUCUUCAUCCUCUUCUUCUGAUACCUCUCCAUGGCUCCAUGAUGUGUUCUUGAGCUUCAGAGGAGAAGAUGCUGGAUGUAAUUUUAUUUCCCAUCUGUACAAAGCUUUGCUUCAAAAGGGAAUCUGCACCUACGUAGAUAACCAAUUAGAAAGAGAUACUGAGAUCUUACUCCAACUUCUCCGAAACAUAGAAGGUUCAAGGAUUUCCAUCAUUAUACUCUCAAAAAAUUUUGCAUUGUCAACAUGGUGUUUGAACGAAUUAUUGAUGGUGCUGGAGAGUAAAGAAUCAAAGCAACAAAUAGUUCUACCUGUAUUUUACCAUGUAGAUCCAUCGGAUGUACGCCAUCAAAGAGAUAGUUUUGGCAUAGCAUUGGCUGAACAUGCUGAUAGAUUGAAUGGAGCCAUGGAGUUGCAGAUGUGGAAGGCAGCCCUACGAGACGUUGCCAAUUUGUCCGGAUACCAUUUGACUCCUGACCGGAACGAGUCUGAAGUUAUUCAAAAAAUCGUUAAAGACGUCUCAACAAUAGUAGCACGAUAUUCAUAUUUACAUGUUGCAAAGUAUCCAGUUGGAUUAGGGUACUCCCAGAACAUCGUGAAUUUGCAUUUAAGUGUUGGGAGAAAUGACGUACGAAUGGUAGGGAUCUUAGGAGCUCCUGGUAUUGGUAAGACAACUCUAGCCAAAGCAAUUUAUAACUCGAUUGCUUUUAAAUUUGAGGAUACUUGUUUUUUUGAAAAUAUUAGUGACACUUCAAAUCAAGCACAUGGUUUGGCCCAAUUGCAACAGAUCCUUCUUUCUAUGAUCUUUGGAAAUCGUAGAAGUUUGAAUAUUGAUAGUAUUGAUACGGGAAUCAAUAUGAUAAAGCGCAUGCUUGGUUCCAAAAGAGUUCUUUUAAUUCUUGAUGAUGUUGACCACUUGACCCAAUUAGAAACAUUAGCAGGAGCUUGUGAUUGGUUUGGUAAGGGAAGUAGAAUCAUCAUCACAACAAGAGAUCAACACUUGUUGACUACUCAUGGAGUUGAUUCAACAUACAAGAUGACAGAAUUGAAUCACCGUGAUGCUUUGCAAUUAUUUUGUUGGCAUGCUUUCGGAAGUGAGAAACCAGUUGAGGGUUAUGAAAAAUUUGUAGAACAAAUCGUAAAUUAUGCUGGGUGCCUUCCACUAGCUUUAGAGGUGUUGGGUUCGAAUUUUUAUGGUAGAAGUAAAAGUCAGUGGAAAAGUUUGAUGGAUGAGUACAAGAAAAUCCCUCACCAAGAUAUUCAAGAAGUACUUCAAACAAGUUAUGAUAAGUUAAGUGAAAAUGAAAAGAAUGUUUUUCUUGACAUUGCAUGCUUUUUCAAUGGACAAUUACGGCUUGAUGAUGUCACUGUAAAGAUACUAGAUAGUUUUGGUUUUUGUCCAAACAUUUCGAUCCAAAGGCUUAGGGAUAAGUGUCUUAUUUCGGAGUUUAAUGGAAGACUGCAAAUGCAUAACUUGUUACGAGAUAUGGGUAGAGAAGUUGUUCGACAAGAAUCGCCCACAAAUCCAGGAGCACGUAGCAGAUUAUUCUUUCAUAAAGACAUUCGCGAAGUACUGGAGUAUGAUAUAGCAACAGAUAGAGUUGAAGCAAUUGUUAUAGAUUUACCUGAAGGUGAUGAUAUCAUUUGCUUGAGUCCCAAUGCCUUCAAGAAUAUGAAAAGACUCAGAUUAUUUAGAUGCCACAAUGCACACUUUUCUGAAGAACUUAAUUGUCUACCUAAUGGAUUAAGAGUGCUUGAUUGGCCUAAUUGUCCUUUACAAUCUAUGCCAUCAAAAUUUCGUGGAGACAAACUCCUUAUUCUACGAAUGCCCAGUAGUCACAUCCAGAAGAUACGGUUCAAAUUUAAGAAUCUCAUGGUUAUGAAUUUCCGUGGUUGUGAAUUCUUAACGAAAAUCUCGGAUAUUUCAAAGUGCUCAAAUUUGCAACAAAUGGAUUUUAAAGACUGUAAAAAUCUAGUCAAAGUUCAUAAGUCUGUUGCAUUACUUGAUAAGCUUGUUAGGUUGAAUCUUAGUGGAUGUAACAACCUAAAGAGCUUUCCAAGGGGACUGCUGUUGAGAUCUCUGCAAUUCCUUGAUGUCCAUUUGGAUGCACCCGUUGAAGAUAUUGGAAAUUUAGCAAAUCCAAUGGAUCAUGGAAGUCAACUUUCUAAGAGGCGUCGUGUUGAUUAUGACAACGACCAAGAUGAUCACAACAUUGAAUCCAACUUGUUGACUUCACAUUUGUUUCAAACUCAAACGUCUCAAUAUUAGGUGCGGGAGGUCGAGGGCGCCACGUUACUUAUGAUGAAAAUGAUGUAGCGGCUUUUUGUGGGAAGGGUAUCUAUAUAUUAAAUGAGUUGAAUCUCUAUUUCAUUUCAUUAAUUUUCACGCCACGGCCUAUUAGAAUUUUUUUUUUUUUUUCAUUAGGAGAAUGUUAGAUCUAUAAAUUGAUUCUAUAAAAAUAUACAUGACUUGAGAUGAGAUGAGACGCUAGAUGGUACAAUUAACAAUAUUUCUUUUACUGAA